AUGAGGCUUCUUUGCCGCCGCUUCCUCAACCCCGUCGAUGCAAUCACCGGAGGCAACUGUCGGCGUUAUGCCACCAAGUAUGUCGCCAAGGUUACUUCAUCAUCUCCCUCCGGACGCUCCCUCUCCGCCGAAGUUUCCCUUCCUAAUCCUCUCCCCGCCGACGUACGCGGCUACCCUCUUCCUCGCCGCCAUCUCAUCUGCCGAGCUACCAAUCUCCUUCUCCGACACCGCGUAGGAGGAGUCGGAACAUCUUCUGAUCUCUCUGAUGCUUUCUCUGACCUCUCCGAUUACCUCUCCUCCCUUUCACUCUCCCUCACUCCCGACGAAGCUUCCGAGAUUCUGAAAUCCCUAAACUGCCCUCGCCUCGCCGUUGAAUUCUUCCAAUUCGUUCCCUCUGUUUGCCCUAACUCCCACAGUGACCCUUUCCUCUACAAUCGCAUCAUCUUAAUCCUCUCCAGGUCAAAUCUCCCUGACAGAUUCGAUCGCGUCCGCUCGAUUCUCGAUCUGAUGGUGAAAUCAAACGUCCGCGGCAAUAUCUCCACCGUGAAUAUCUUAAUCGGUUUCUUCGGGAACACAGAAGAUCUACAGUUGUGCUUAAGAUUGGUGAAGAAAUGGGAAUUGAAGAUGAACUCUUUCACCUACAAGUGUCUGCUUCAAGCUUACUUAAGAUCUCAUGAUUCUUCAAAAGCAUACGAUGUGUAUUCCGAGAUUAGAAGAGGAGGGCAUAAACUCGACAUCUUCGCUUACAAUAUGUUGCUUGAUGCUUUAGCCAAAGAUGAAAAGAUUGAUCAGGCUUGCCAAGUUUUCGAAGACAUGAAGAGAAAGCAUUGUAGAGGAGACGAAUAUUCUUACACGAUUAUGAUCAGGACGCUGGGGAGGAUUGGGAAAUACAGUGAAGCUGUUUCUCUAUUCAACGAGAUGAUAUCUGAAGGGCUUACUCUUAACGUUGUCGGUUACAAUACUCUGAUGCAAGUUCUUGCAAAAGGCAAAAUGGUUGAUAAAGCUAUUCAGGUUUUCUCUAAAAUGGUGGAAACGGGUUGUAGACCCAACGAGUAUACGUAUAGUCUGGUUUUGAAUCUCUUAGUAGCCGAAGGCCAGCUUGUGAAGCUAGAUGGGAUCGUGGAGAUGUCGAAAAGAUUUAUGACUCAGGGGAUAUACUCUUAUUUGGUUAGAACGCUGAGCAAACUAGGGCAUGUGAGUGAGGCUCACAGGCUAUUCUGUGAUAUGUGGAGCUUCCCUGUGAAAGGAGAGAGAGACAGUUACAUGUCGAUGCUAGAGAGUUUGUGCGGUGCGGGUAAAACCGUCGAAGCUAUAGAGAUGUUGAGCAAGAUUCAUGAGAAAGGCGUAGUGACCGAUACUAUGAUGUACAACACCGUGUUCUCUGCGCUUGGGAAGCUAAAGCAGACACCUCACAUCCAUGAUCUCUUCGAGAAAAUGAAAAAGGAUGGUCCUUCUCCAGAUAUAUUCACAUACAACAUACUUAUCUCAAGUUUCGGUCGGGUUGGGGAAGUCGACGAGGCUAUCAAAGUCUUCGAGGAGCUUGAGAGUAGCGACUGUAAACCGGACAUUGUGUCUUACAACUCUUUGAUCAAUUGUUUGGGGAAGAACGGUGAUGUUGAUGAAGCCCAUGUGAGAUUCAAGGAGAUGCAGGAGAAAGGGCUAAACCCUGACGUGGUCACGUACAGCACUCUGAUGGAAUGCUUUGGGAAAACAGAGAGAGUCGAGAUGGCGUAUAGAUUGUUGGAAGAGAUGCUUGUGAAAGGGUGUCACCCGAACAUCGUGACGUACAACAUCUUGCUUGAUUGUCUAGAGAAGAGCGGGAGAACAGCGGAAGCAGUUGAUCUCUACACAAAGAUGAAGCAGCAAGGGCUCACACCUGAUUCGAUUACCUACACCGUGCUCGAGCGGAUUCAAUCUGGCUCGCACGGGAAAUCACGGAUUCGUAGGAAGAAUCCGAUAACAGGUUGGGUGGUUAGCCCUUUGUAG